AAACCAUGAAGAGAGAGCAGACUGUGAUUGGUUCAUGGUUAGUUUACGAUUGUUUGAUUAGAUGAUGAGCCUGAAGUUGGCAGGAUCCUGGUCCUGCUUGGUUUGAUCAGGGCAGGGACAGAUUGCAUAGUUGGUUGUGGGGGAGGCCUGAUUGGCUGGAAAACUAAAGGCUCUCCAUUCUGAUUGGUUGCUCUGAGUGGGACACAGAGGAGAGAAAGCAAGAGAGAUGAAGGGUUGGUGCCUAUUUGUCCUUAGGACUGAGGGUUGUGGGUUCUAAUUGGAUGGGAGGUCUGGGAUGGGUCUGGAUUCUGAUUCAUUGCUCUAUCUGGGGGCCCACUGGUGAUUAGGCGUUUGAUUGGCUUUUUAGAACUGGCACACGGAGAUUGAGGGUCUUCAUGCCAAUUGGUCAGUAGGACUGAGAGGCCUGGGUUCUACUUCUUCUGACUUGAGGUCGGGAGAAGAGGCAAUGACCGCCGCUAUUAGGACUGAGGAGUUCUGAGUACUGAAGAGCUGGGGAGGGGGUGGUUGCAGUGUAUAGCAUGUGAUCUGCCUGUAACAGUUUCGUUGCAUUAUGCUAAGGGUUACUCUACUUAGAAAAGGGCGGAGGUGAAAGGAUGCAACGCUAAUUUCACCAGCGGAAGAAGAGGGUACAGACCUUAAUGAGUCCCCGUUUUGAUCGACUAAUAAGGGAAUGGGGAAAUUGAAGCCAGGACUCGAUGCAGAUUGGCUACGGACCCAAAACGCCCACUAACCUUGGCCCGCCCCAGUCUCCACCCCAAACCUGACUCAGGUGAAAAUGGCGCCACGCGCGGGGGCGGGGCCAGAGGUACAAAGAGAGUGCCUAUUGGUUGGGAGCGGCAUGGGCCGCCUUCUUCACUUCACCAUUGGCUGGCUCCGUAAGGCAAGAGAACCCACUAGGGGAUGAGCCCGAACUAGGGAUGUGAUAGAGCUCGAGACCCAGCCUAGAAAGAGCCCGGAGCCAGUGUGGGAGGCCGUUGCCGUCGCGCGGCUUGGUUUUUCUGUUCCUUUUUUUUUUUUUUUAACUUCCUGCCUAUCCACACGCAGCCAUCAGCCCACAAAGACAUGACUACCAACAUGGGCCCCUUGCACCCAUACUGGCCUCAGCACCUAAGACUGGACAACUUUGUACCUAAUGACCGCCCCACCUGGCAUAUACUGGCUGGCCUCUUCUCUGUCACAGGGGUCUUAGUCGUGACCACAUGGCUGUUGUCGGGUCGUGCUGCGGUUGUCCCAUUGGGGACUUGGCGGCGACUGUCCCUGUGCUGGUUUGCAGUGUGUGGGUUCAUUCACCUGGUGAUCGAGGGCUGGUUCAUUCUCUACUACGAAGACCUGCUUGGAGACCAAGCCUUCUUAUCUCAACUCUGGAAAGAGUAUGCCAAGGGAGACAGCCGAUACAUCCUGGGUGACAACUUCACAGUGUGCAUGGAAACCAUCACAGCUUGCCUGUGGGGACCACUCAGCCUGUGGGUGGUGAUCGCCUUUCUCCGCCAGCAUCCCCUCCGCUUCAUUCUACAGCUUGUGGUCUCUGUGGGCCAGAUCUAUGGGGAUGUGCUCUACUUCCUGACAGAGCACCGCGACGGAUUCCAGCACGGGGAGCUGGGCCACCCUCUCUACUUCUGGUUUUACUUUGUCUUCAUGAAUGCCCUGUGGCUGGUGCUGCCUGGAGUCCUUGUGCUUGAUGCUGUGAAGCACCUCACUCAUGCCCAGAGCACGCUGGAUGCCAAGGCCACAAAAUCCAAGAGCAAGAAGAACUGAGGAGUGGUGGACCGGGCUCGAACACUGGCCGAGGAGGAGCUCUCUGCCUGCCAGAAGAGUCUAGUCCUGCUCCCACAGUUUGGAGGGACAAAGCUAAUUGAUCUGUCACACUCAGGCUCAUGGGUGAGCACAAGAAGGGGAAUAAAGGGGCUGUGUGAAGGCACUGCUGGGAGCCAUUAGAACACAGAUACAAGAGAAGCCAGGAGGUCUAUGAUGGUGACAAUUUUUAAAAUCAGGAAAUAAAAGAUCUUGACUCUAA